UCUACACCUCAUUCCAGCGACUCUCAACCGCUCAUUUUCCCUUCUUCCUCACCCAUACCAGCGACGCAUUCCGACGGUGCCGCUUCUUCCCAGUCUGCAACUCAGCCAUGCUUAAUCACCCCUGCAACCGCUAAUUGUCCCUUCGUCCUCACCUCAUACCAGUGGCCGGCAAAUUCCAUAUCAUCGCGGAAUUAGAAUUCAGUGGUGAUUCGUCUUCACCAGUGACUUCCCGACUCUUCCCGAUCCUCUCCGAAUCCCUUCCAGAAGAGUUUGCUGGGUCAACCCGAGACUGCUAGGUCUGAUGCCCUUUCAGAUCCUUUUCGUCAUUUUCCAUUUUACUUGAUGUUGAUGAUAAUGAUGAUGAUGAUGCUAGAUAAUUUCAGGUUGGAAUCGGUCACAAGGGAUAAUUUAUUGAUGUAUGCUUGCUUUCAGGAGGGUAAAAUUGAUGAUGGUGCUGCAUAUUUUAGGAAGAUGGUCGAUUCAGGGCUGAGAACGGACUUGCCUGUUUAUGAUAGACUGGUUGAUCAGUUGGUUAAGGCUGGGAAGAUUGACGAGGCAAAAUAGUUGUACGAGCUGAUGGUGAAGAAACAGAGGAUGAAUAAUGAGAGCUAUAAGUUCAUAAUGAAAGCACUAAGUGAUCAUGGGAGGUUGGACGAAGUGCUUCAAUUGGUCGAUGCAAUGUUGGAUAAUGAGGCUAUCAACGUGAAUGAGGAGCUUCAGGAGAUAGUCAAAGGCGAGUUGAACAAGGAAGGGAGAGGAGACGAACUAGACAACCUUAUGGAAGAAAAAGCUAGGCUAAAGGCUGAAGCGAAAGCGAGAGAAGGGCGAAAAUUACCAUUGCUAAUAUCUUUCCACCUAAGAACAAGGAAGAGGAGACAGGAUCUGCAGAGGGAAAUGAUGUUAAUGCUAAUGAGGCAGCUCCUGCUGCUGCAGAAUCUGCAGCGGGUGAAGACCAACUCAUAGAGAAAGCAGAAUCUGUUGAUGCAGAAGACUCGAGGGACGAGGUAAGAGCUUGAAAGAUGGUGAAGUACUGUUCUUUGCCACCCCUUUAUCAAGCCAUGUUAAGGUCAUUCAUCUGAUUUUGCUAUAUAUUGCUGCCAUGUAAUUAAACAAUAGCUGGGAAAUGAGGUGGGAGUUUGAAUUCUAGGCGCAGUGAGUAGAAUGUGGUUACUUUGAAGGAUUUCAAUGUUGGAUGAUACCCAAGUUUGUAGUUGCGCCUUCUGUUAAUUUCUAUGUGCACUUCCAUAAGUUGUUCUGUUCUGCAAUUACCUGCUGCAUUUGGUUGGAUAUUGAUUGACCUUCCUUCAGCUCCUGAUCUAUUGCUACGGUGGCGAUUUGAACAAUCUAUGGUACAUAUAUAAAAUAUCUUUUUUCGGUACUUUUUAGUGCCAAUUCAUUGUUAUCUCACUUUCCUCCGUUUGGUGUUUCUCCUCUCUGAUAUCUCUAUACUGGUUGUUCUUCUGUCAGUGAAACUCCAUGGUUUUGUGCGAGCCGAACGGGAGCUUUGGAUUGGCUUACGACGUCAUCGGGGUCAAAGAUUUUGAAUCUCUGUUGUCUACGGGUCGAUUAAAAGGUGAGCCCUCUAGAUCAGUUUACCAUCCCCAAGUCUUCGAUUUGUUUGUCAAACAAAAAUUGGAGUUUUUGACCCAGCCAUUGAUUUCAAUUGUCAAUAGGGAACAUGAAUCUCUUAUGCCUACUGUCGCUUUAGUUCUCAAUCUGUAACUGGAAACCUUGACCUCAUCCAUUGAUUUCUUUCUCAAGAGUUGGGCACGUGAUUCCCCAACCCCAAUUGUGGUUUUAGUACGCGAUCAGGUACUGGAAUUGCCACCCUUAACUUACAUUACAAUAUUUCUUUGGUUCAUUUUGACAUGACCGUAAUUGAAGUUCUGUCCUUUCAAUUGGUGAGUUCAUUUUUGCUUUCAGUGAACCUCCUUACAAGUAAUAUUUACUUUCCGUUGUUUCCUAAUUAACUGUCUUUGCUUGCCCGUUGUUAGGUCUUUUGAGUUUGAUAUAACUUGACCAUGUUAGAUGUAGAUGUCUUCUAACAAUUAAUUUGGUUUUGGUUUUGUUUUGUUAGCCAUUGUUUAGUAGGAGCGUUUGAACCGAGAUUGUGUUGAGUGCUUUAAUGAUUUUGUAAAUAGUGUAAAUUAUUGUUUCGGCAGUGCUUGCUUGAGCAAUUGUUUGAAUAUUAGACAGUGCCUCUAAAAUUGAUAGAAGUCAAUCAGAAGGUUGUCAUGCUCUAUGGUAUCAUUUCGGUAGUGCCCCAGUCAUAGGUUUCUUCGUAUUUUCUUCAUUAUCCAUAGUUUUGUAAUUCCUACCGCCAAGUUGUUUUGUGUUUCUUGAUUUCAUAGCUGAUGUGGGAGACAUAUUCAUGUCCAGCCAUUCCAUUUGCCUUUUUUGUAGUUGUUUAUGUCGUUCAUUGAUUCACUUGCAUUUUUUAGCUGUCAUGUUGUUGCAUUAUGCUGCCAAUUGUCCUGUUAUCAGUUUCAGAUAUAUGUAUGUUGGUUUCCUGAUGGUGAUUUCUGAAAAUCAGUAAGUGAUUCAAUCUAUGCCAAGGCGCGAGGUUGUUUCAUUUUUGUGUUGUAGAUAUAUUUGUCGGUUACGUGUUCGUGUCUCUGUUCUGCUUGAUCAAAUAAGUUUGAACUUGGCGUGAUUUCUGAAAUACUAUUAAUUUUUACGAUUUCUUGGUCUGUGGCGGGUUGCAGCAGGGAGUUGCCUUGACAUACGCUACUUCAAGGGCUCCUUCCGUCAUUUUCAGGCCUCAGGGAUUUCAAAUUCUCUGGCUUCUCCUUCAAAAUCUACUUAUGGUUUUUGAGAAUCCGCCCUCUGAAGUGUGUUUGACAUUCAGCCUGUUUGGAUUGCUGCUGCAUUCAGGAUUUCAGGUAUGUUCGUUUAUUCUUCUACUUCUUCUUCUUUCAAUAUUUCGAUCUAGGUUCCUUACCUGAGCCCUUCAAUAUCGCUUUGUAAUUUUCAUGAGUAACAACCCCUUGAGAGGGUUUCUAGGUUUAUCAGACAUUCUUCCGGUUGGGGAGGCAACAACAAGCAGAUACGUUCCAACCACUUCUGGUAAGACCAACUGCUUCUUCUACGUUUAGAAGCAAUCAUCUUCGGUAUGUUUUAUGUUCUUGGUUUGUGUGAGUUACCUGCAAAUUACUGGUUUAAGGAGAUUUUGAAACAAGAAUGUGAGGAAGGGGGCGAAUGAAGAAGAAGAAGCUUGCCUCGCGGUUUGAACUGUCUUGCUUCAUUUCCUGUGGAAUUCAGCUUCACAACAGCACCAAAGCAACAUGAUUUUUCUAUUCUGCUGAAUUGGGAUCCUUAUGUUCAUGAAACUGUCAACGAUUGUCAUAUUUUGGUACAUUUUCUUCCCUUAACUUCUUUCCGUUUCAUAUUUUAUAUAUGCUUGCUAAAAAAGUUUGCUUUAAUGUUUCCUGUGUACAGUGCAAUACAUCAAAUUUCAACCUCAAAGGUUCAGGUGGUCAGAGGUAGUGGCCGAUUCCUCAUAUACUAUUUUCUCAUCUCUUGGGUGGCUUUGAUCUAACUCUUUUGCUUCCAUUUCAAAAUUGAUUUCAGGACUCAGUCACACUGUCACACAUCACAAUCGACACAAACUCCUUCAUAUUCAUUGGAGCAGUUAAUUGGAUUGAAGCAGGAAUAUUGGCUUCUAGCUAGGGGUGGACGUUCAGGUUCGGUGUUCCGGGUAACCCGGAUCCAAAACCAAAAGUGUCGGGUAUCGGGAAACUGAAAACCGAUGCAUCAAAAGAAAAAUCGGGUCUGGUUCCUAAUAUGGCUGUUUCGGGUUUCGGUGAAACCCAGAACCGAAACCAAAACCUAACGGAAUCGAGGUGGAACCGAGGAGAGGUUCCUAAGGUGGGGCGGAAGAGUCCGCUGCUCCUCUCCGGCUCUAAUCGCUGCCGCUACAUAACGGAAGUCGGCGAUGGUGAUGAAUCGGUUGGAAGGCGGGAUUGGUGAGGGAGGGAGGAGGAGCUAGGUGGAUGGCUACACCGAUGGAGUAAAGGAAUCAAGAGUGAGGGGCGAGGGAAAUUGUGUCGGCAGUGGGAGAGAUUAGUACUCGGGUACUCGAAAAAGAACCAUGAACCAUUAAAUUCGGUUCACGGGUAUCCCAAAUAAUUAAUUAUAUUUAUUAUAGCAUAGCCUCUAUUUUAUAUAACAUUUUUCUCCCAAAUUAUUAAUGAAUUUCUUAUGUUAAA